AUGGGGCAGACAACGCUGCCCCAGCUCCUGUACAGCCCCGAUCUGGCACCAGCGGACCUCUUUCUGUUCCCGAGGGCCAAAAGAACCCUGAAAGGAACUGGGCGUGGGAUGCUGGAGGUGGUAAAAGCAGCUUCAAUGACCGUGCUAAAGGAGAUUCCCAUUGAUGACUUCCAGGGUGCCUUCAGUGAUUGGAAAGUAUCUCUAGGAGUGACUAAUGCAGAAUCAGAUACAGUAGCAGAAAAUGCAGCAGAAGUACCUAAAGAAGCAAUACUAACAGAAGUAGAAUCAACAGCAGCGUCAGAAGAACCACAUUCAGCAGCAGCAGAAGUAACUCCCCCAGCAUUAGAACCAGCUCCUACAGCAGUAACACCAUCUCCCUCACCAGCAGUAGCAGCACAAACUACUUCACCAGCAAUAGCAGAAGAAACACCAUCAGCAACAGCAGAAGCAACUCCUCCAGCAGUAGAACCAGUUCCUAUAGCAGCAGCACCAUCUCCCACACCAGCAGUAGCAGAACCAACUCCUUUACCAGUAAUAGCAGAAACAACUCCUCCACCAGCAGCAACUAAACCAACUUCACCAACAGCAGAAACAUUACCAGCUCCUCCUCCAUCACCUUCAAGAGUAGCAGAAAAGAAUAGACCAGUCACAGUAAGUAAAGUAUCAUCUUUGUCUCAUGAUGAAGUGAUACCAAAUGAUUUGGGAAAACAUGUUCCUAUAAAACUUGUGGACAGUAAAGUGAAACAAACUUCCAACCGUGUUUCAAACAGACCCAAAAAAUUACCAAAGAGAAAUGAAGAUUUUUUAUGGUUUAUCCCAAGGAAGUCCAACCGCCACCUAACAUAG